GAUACCUGCGCCGAUGACGCGUGAUACGGUGUACACUAUCGUCCACAAGUAUUUUUACGCUUCCUUAUUCCUGUAAAAAAGUUUCAUUCCGUACGAUCUACAUUAAGUUCACCAAGUUUGUUAAUGUUACUAUCGGCGCGCAGCAGAAAAUAAUUUACUACCCGCUUCUACUUUUACUGUUCCAUUCGAGGUGUUAAUUGAUAAUCUGAUUUACGAGCGAGCGAAGAAAAAGGUACUUUCAUUCAGAAAUUCACAUCAUUCAUGGCUACUCACACGGUACCGUUGCUUGAAACGGUACCAGGUGUUCGGAUAUUUCUGAACGAUAAUGUACAUGUGCGAUGAACGAGGCAAGUGGCGCCUGCGCUAGUUCUCCAGGAUAGCAGGUUCGGGUUAGGGUAGGUUGGUAAGGAUGGGAAGGACGGGUAGGGCGGCCAGGACACGGGGGUUGUUCGAGGCGCGAACACGAGCCAGUGCGAAGCUGUCGGUCGCCCGACUCGCGUACACGCUCGUUCCUUUCCUACGACUACCGGUCUCGGGAUCACCAAUUUCCACGGAUCUUUACUGAAAACCUUGGUAAAUCGAAGCCACCCUUGAACCAACGAGAGGAAAUCGCGGGAUGACCGACGAAACGGGCCAACCAUGCGAUACAACGCGACCGUUCGAUUAUCCUGGAACGCGUAACGUUUACCAAUAUUAAAGUUCUCGCGAAUUAAAUCGGUGGAGUAGGUAAACGAAGAAUGGCGCUGGUCGUUACUGUGAAGAACUUUCAAGGAUUGAAGUACAGGGGGGACAAGGUCGUGAAGGUUGACUUCCGGGGUGUUUCUCAUUACUCGAAAUGUUUGGAAGAAAACGGAGAUCACAUCGCGGUGGAGGAGAGUUUCAUCUGGAAUUUGGGCAGACCGGUCGACGAAGCGGAAGUACUGCAAUUGACAGUGGUUUCGCGAGGAGUUCUCCGAAACGAGAAGGUGCUCGCAAAGUACGGCUUGGUUCUGCAAACUGUCGCGAGAGAAGGACGAAUCGUUAUCACCGAUUCCUUGGUAGACCUCAAUAACAAACCUCUUCCGGCUGUCGUUUGCUUCGAAAUUCGAUACAACCCUCCCGAUGGAAGCUGCAGCCCGUCGGAAAUAAUGGAGCCGUCCGAAAUAAUGGAGGACGAGCAACAGAUGUUGAUAGACAUCGAACAGAAUAUCGCGAAUCUCGAGAAAUGCCUCGACCAAGCCAACAGCGGUUCUGGCAGCGGUAAGAGGAAGGGUUCUUGGCACAGCCCCGAGAAAAGCUCCAGAAGGGGUUUCCUACAGAGGGGUAGUUCGUUGUCGGCUGCCGAGAAAUCGCCGGAACGUAAGAGUAGAAGCUCUACGUUGAAGAGUAUGCGGUCUUUCAUGAAGCUGGGUAAGCAAAGACCACCGCGAACUCGAUCUUGCGACAGCGGCUCGGACACCAGGGAAUUGCUCGAUAGAAGAGACUCGAGUUGCGCAACAUCCAACGAACCUUCCAGGGCAAACUCGAUGACUUCUUUGGAAUCGAACGCGUCCGACUACGAUAGCCAGGUCAGCGCGAAUCCGUCGGAACCGCAGGAGGCGAUUGCCAGGCCCGCGAAGAAACCAAAACCGAAGACCACCGACACGGGACAAACCGCGUUGAAGGCGCAAGAUUAUCAAGUUUGCAUCACCAUUAUCGAAGCUAGACAAUUGGCGGGUCUGAACAUGGAUCCUGUGGUUUGCGUGCAAAUAGGUGAUCAACGAAAGUACACCAGCGUCAAAGAAUCUACAAAUUGUCCGUAUUACAACGAGUACUUUGUCUUCGAUUUUCACAUGCCGCCUGUAAUGCUGUUCGACAAGAUCAUCACCCUAUCGGUGCAGCAAUCGCGGAAUCUCUUACGCGCUAAUCUAACCCUGGGCAUCUUUAAAUUAGACAUCGCGACUGUAUGGGCACAACCAGAUCACCAAUUUUACCAUAAAUGGGCGCUGCUGACGGAUCCGGACGACGUGGCCGGCGGUCCAAAGGGUUAUUUAAAGUGCGACAUAAGCGUGAUCGGGAAAGGCGACACCGUGAAAAUUCCGCCAAAGAGCGAGAAAGACGAGGACGAUAUCGAGGGGAAUCUUCUGCUUCCGGACGGUGUGCCUAUCGAGAGACAAAGGGCAAAGUUUAUCGUAAAGGUGUACAGGGCCGAUGGGCUGCCGAAGAUGAACAGCAGCAUCAUGGCGAACGUGAAGAAAGCCUUUACAGGGGAAAUCAAGGAUCUCGUCGAUCCUUACGUUCAAGUGUCCUUCGCUGGAUUGACGGGCAAAACAAGCGUUAAACGGCACAGUUACGCGCCAGUUUGGAACGAGCAAAUCGUUUUCUCGGAAAUGUUCCCACCCCUUUGUCAAAGGAUUAAAAUCCAGCUGUGCGACAACGAUCCGGUACACGCUACAGUGAUCGGUACUCAUUUCGUCGAUUUGAAACAAAUCAGCAACGACGGGGAGAAAGGUUUUCUACCCACAUUCGGACCGGCGUUCAUUCACUUUUAUGGAAGCAUCCGAGAUUAUAGUCUCAUCGAUCAACAUUCAACCCUGAACGUUGGACUGGGCGAAGGAAUCUCUUACAGAGCAAGAUUACUAAUAGCAAUCAGAACGGAAAUAAGCGACAACAUCGAAAUAGCUCAGUCGGAGGUUGAAGUCGAGCCUACGGUGCCCAUCAAUGAAUUAGCUUACGCAAGGAACGAAGAAUUCUUCCUGUUCGCCACGAUAAUGGACGCCACGAUGAUCGAUAAGAAGCUCGGAGAUAAACCGAUGUACUUCGAGUUAUCCAUAGGAAACGCGGGCAACGCUUUGGAUGGUCACAACGAAAGCUCCAAAAUGUGCGAGCUGGGACCAAAAAGUGGAACCAGCGGAGACCAAGAAGAAUUGCAGGAAGUGUUGAGCGGAUCAUGGCAGAGCACCACUCCAGCUUCCAAACCGAUGACACACGAUAAAAUUUAUUAUUUCUUACCCUACUGGGACGACAAACCUUGUCUCCACGUUAGGAGCAUCUGGCCUGACUACAGGCGUAGAAUGUACAACAGUAAUAUCAUUGGUAAAAUUGCUGACAAACUGGAAGAAGGAUUGUCAGAGACGCAGUUGCACGUGGACGAUUGCUCCGGUGAGAAAAUAUUAAAGUCCACCCUGGAGGAAUUGAGCAGCAAUUGCAAUCGAUACGUGAGUAUCAGCAAAUCAAGCCUCACUGGACCGGGGGUUGGAAAAACGAAGCUCGAUAAAGAAAGAACGAAGCUGUGUCAAAGGGAACUGGAGAAUAUUGGAAUCAUGUCGAGGAAUCUCAAAGCGGUGGUCACUAAAAGUAGCUUCAAGGAAAGAUUGAAGACUGCUCAGGGUUACCUGCAGAAAUUAAAGUUUCUUCUCGAGGAUCCUCAAGAUUCUUUGCCGGAUGUUUUUGUUUGGGUGAUCAGUUCCGGAAGAAGGGUGGCUUAUCAAAGAAUACCUGGGAGAGAUUUGAUCUACUCUAUCGUCGACGAGGAGUGCGGCAAGUCUUGCGGCAAAGUGCAAACGAUGUUUCUCAAACUUCCAGGUAAAAAGAGAUUCGGGCCUUCCGGCUGGGCGAUACAAACGAAAUUGCAAAUUUACAUGUGGAUGGGUAUCUUGAAGCACAAAAAGUACUUUAUCCAAGGUUUACCAAAGGGAUACGAGAUCAGUCACGAGGUGAAAAACGUGGACCGACCUCGUGCUCUACCGCCUACCAUUAUUCAUUACGUCGAGAAACACAAGUUCGAGUUAAGAGCGCAUAUGUAUCAAGCCCGAUCUUUGAUCGGCAGCGAUGCAUCCGGUCUUUCCGAUCCAUUCGCUAGAGUAAUAUGCGGCGAGUUUUGCAAGUCUACGCAAGUGAUCGACGAAACUUUGAGCCCCACCUGGGACGAGCUUCUACUUUUCGACGACAUUUUGAUCUACGGCACUGCCGAAGAGAUAAAAAAGGAUCCACCAUCGAUCGUCAUCGAGAUCUUCGAUCAGGAUAAAGUGAGUCAUUUUGUUACUAUGGACAUAACACUGCAUGAGGACUCUGCUUUAACAGGAAAAUCAGAGUACAUAGGACGAGCUGUCGCGCGACCUCACGUAAAACUCGCCUCGGAAUCUUACACUCCACCAGAAUUUCCACCGUCGUUGGAAUGGUACGACGUGAGCAGAGGUGCGGCAAGAGCUGGCGAGCUCCUCGCUGUUUUCGAAUUGCUCGAAUAUCCUUCAACGAAGGAUUACGGUUUUCCAACGUUACCAGACCCGAAGGAAAGAUUGCCGCAAACGACCACCUCUCUCCUGGACCAAGGACCUAUGUUUCCGGUACCGGUUGGCAUCCGGCCGACCCUAUCGAAGUAUCGAAUCGAGGUUUUGUUCUGGGGUUUGCGAGACCUGAAGAGGAUACACUUGAUGACCGUGGACAAGCCUCGCGUGGACGUCGAAUGUGCCGGUCACAUCCUCUACUCUUCGGUUAUAGCGAACGCGAAGAAGAACCCAAACUUCAACACGCCGAUCAAAUUUUUGGAACUCGAGCUACCGGAACAGGAAUUGUAUCGUCCGCCGUUAACGAUCAGAGCUGUCGACUGUAGAAGCUUCGGACGGUACACUCUGGUCGGCACCCAUACGAUUAACUCCAUUCACAAAUACAUGUACUGUCCGCAAACGAAGAAGGCCAAGGAUGCCGAGGAUCGUAAGAAGAAUCUCUAUCAAUUACAGCAAUACACGGCAGGUUUCGACACAUCGAAAACGAAAUAUCAUCAGAGUUCUCUACCAGAGUCUUUGACAGACGUCGAGUUCAGUAACGGAGACACGACCAUUACCUUAGGUUUAGAGCUGGCUUGGCCAACGAAGAGAGACAAGACGGAACAGAACAUACGAAAGAAGCAAAGCUUGGUCAACGAUCAAAGCACAGGUGAUUUCUCGAACUUCGAUGACGAGGACGGCUGCCAGGACUGGUGGACGAAGUACUUCGCCUCGGUCGAGGCGAUGAUAGAAGAGAACAAAGAACUCCGUAAGGAGAAACCAAUGUUCCCUGCCCAAUCAAACGGCACCGUGCCGAUGUAUUUGGAGGAGAAUUACUCUCAAGCUCAAAUGAACCUCUCGGGUGAGAGGAGUCCCGGCGUUGCCACGAAGAAACUGUUCGGCCUAAAAUCCACCGCGAACGCGGCGAGGUUCGUCUCGAAGAUCAGUCCGAAGCAAACGUAUCAGAAAUUCCCGAAGACGGCGUUGUUGAAAAUUUAUCCGAACGAAUUGGAGGCUCAGCCACAAUUCGAACAAUUCAAGGAAUGGUUGCACACGUUCGAGUUGUAUCGAGGAAAGAAAACCGGCGACGAGCCCGAAGACGAGUCCAGGAUAGUUGGAAGCUUCAAGGGUGCUUUGAAGGUUUACAAAUGGCCUCUUCCCAGGGACUUGAUUGAUCAUACGGUGAUGGGAUUCGAUCCCCAGUACGGUUUCUUUCAAGGUGUACCAUCGAACGAACCGAUCCACGUCCUGGUGCGAGUCUACAUCGUCAAAGCUAACGAUCUUCAUCCUUGCGACUUGAACGGCAAGGCAGAUCCUUACGUUGUUCUACAAUUGGGCGGCAAAAGAAUCAGCGACAAGGAACAUUACGUCUCGAAACAACUUAAUCCUGUAUUUGGCAAGUGUUUCGAGGUAGAAGCAACCUUUCCCCAGGACUCGUUGCUAACCGUUCAAGUCUUAGACUGGGACUUGGUCGGUGCAGACGACAUGAUCGGUGAAACGAAGAUCGAUUUGGAGAACCGAUUCUACAGCAGGCACCGUGCCACCUGCGGUUUAGCCAAGAAAUACGACGAAUCCGGUUACAACAAGUGGAGAGACGCGAUGAAGCCGACCCAAAUUUUGUCGAAAUUAUGUAAAGAGGGAAAGGUUGAUGGACCGGUGUAUUCGCACGGGAAAGUAACUAUAGGAAGAAAGACGUUUUCCUUGUCGAACGAAGAAAUGGAAUUCUAUGUUCACACGAAAGGCAUUGAAGAACAGCUCGCAUUGGCGGUUCUUCAUCAGUGGCAUAAUUUCCCGAGAUUUGGUUGCGCCUUGGUACCGGAGCACGUGGAAACGCGUCCUCUUUAUAAUCCAGAGAAGCCUGGUAUCGAGCAAGGGAAGUUGGAAAUGUGGGUCGACAUGUUCCCCAUGGACAUGCCUUCGCCAGGUGCGUCGAUCGAUAUUUCACCGAGAAAACCAAAGAGUUACGAGCUUAGGAUCAUUAUUUGGAACACCGAUGAUGUUGUACUGGAGGACGAUGCCUUCUUCACCGGGGAAAAGAUGAGCGAUAUUUACGUGAAAGGGUGGUUGAAAGGUCCAGAGGACUGUCAGUCGACGGAUAUUCACUAUCGAUCCUUAACCGGAGAAGGAAAUUUUAAUUGGCGUUUCAUAUUUCCGUUCGAUUAUUUGGUGGCUGAGGAAAAGAUUGUCAUCAAUCGAAAGGAGAGCCUCUUCAGCUGGGACGAGACCGAAUGCAAGAUUCCAGCUCGUUUAGAAUUACAAGUCUGGGACGCGGAUCAUUUUUCUGCUGAUGAUUUUCUCGGUGCUAUCACCCUUGACUUAAAUCGGUUUCCUCGGGGUGCAAAGAACAGCAAACUCUGCACGUUGAGUAUGUUGAAAACAGACGGUACUGUGCCAACGGUAAAUAUUUUCAAGCAAAAACGGAUAAAGGGCUGGUGGCCGUUUUAUGUGAAGAAGGAGAACGAAGACAUGGAAUUAACGGGUAAAGUAGAAGCUGAAAUUCAUUUGUUAACGAAAGAAGAAGCUGAAAAGAAUCCAGCUGGCUAUGGUAGAAACGAACCGGAUCCGCUGGACAAACCGAAGCGUCCCGAUGCGUCUUUCAUGUGGUUUUUGAAUCCCUUGAAAUCCAUCAAAUAUAUUGUAUGGCACAAUUACAAGUGGGCAAUUUUGAAAGCGUUCGUAACAAUCGGAUUAAUAGCACUCGUAUUAUUGUUCUUCUACGCGAUACCUGGUUACUCUGUUAAAAAGUUAUUGGGAGCUUAAAUACGACUUGCAAGUUUCAGUCGUAGGUAUGACCGUGAUAUUUUUGAUAAGAGAUACAAAAUUUGAUGUGUCUGUAUUCGCAGUUUUAUUUUUUAAGCAUAGACUCGAAUGUUGAAGAAAAUAGUUUUCUCAUCUGCUAAUAGAUUCGUAUUAACAAUCGCUUUAAUAUCGCAUGUUACAGGUAUACAUAAACGUAUAUAGCAUAUUUUUUCAAGAUUUAACAUUUAUCCGCUUUGCACUGCAUUUAUCACAUAAAUUUGAUAGGCCUUAAUAGUUCGAUUAUCCUGUAUCUCUAUUAUUUUAGAUCGCUCGAAAAAUGUUCUCUCUUUUCAAGGAAUUUUGAAUAGCGCAAUAAAAAAGAAAUGGUUGUUCUUGUACAACAACUAAAUUUAAUAAAUUAUUGCUGUAUAGUGGACCAACGAAACAAUGGCAGAAGCAAAGGUGUAUAUAAACAGCAGUACAAUAAAUAAUUAGAAAAUAUUAGAUGCAGAACAAUAAUGCGUGUAAUAUAUAUAUAUAACGUUUUUACUUAUGAAACAUUUCGUUAUAAAUAUUAUACUCUACCUUGUUGUAAAUAGAUAGCCUAACGUAAGUAACAUGUACUCAAAAAUUAAUAAAAUAUAUAUUUAAGAGUAAUCGAUAACCAGUCGAUUCCUCGAUCAAUACGCAGA